CUAUUCACGACGUGUUGCGACGAGGGAAAAACUGUUGUCUAUUAUCAUCUCGCGGGGAAAAUUGGUGCAUAUAAAAAGCCACCGCCAAUAUUUUCGCAUAAUAUAACGUUCAACAAGACUCGAAGAAGCUAACUAGCCUGAUUCGCUCUGCCCAUUCUAAUAAGCCGAGCGAAGCAGUAAUAAACAAUAUUAUUUAAGAGUGCUGCCAAGUUUCAAUUGUGUAGUAAUUCAUUGCAGCUGCGACUUCGGAAGGAUUCUUUGGCAAAGUUACGUUCAAGUGAUAUCUCUCGCAAGUUAUCAAGUAGGAGAGUAGAAUCUCGUUUGAAAAAGAAGAGACGCCGCUCCCAACAGCAACUUCACGCCGACGCGCGAACUUUUCGUUCCCGCCACAUUCUACGUAGUAUGCGACAUAGUCAUUAAAAGCUCAUUAAUCACUGUCAAACUAAAGGAUACUUACGUUAUGGAUAUCACGAUAUUUAUAAGGAUUAUUAUAAUUGCGAUUACGUUCACAUUCGUCACUUCAAGCCCGGUUCUUCAACAUAAAUCUUCAGGGAUGCCACAUUUAUUGCGCCGACUCCUUCACAGCUAUAAUACUAUGCCAAAAUCUGGGGAAGUGAGUCCGGAAUAUUAUGUAUCGCCUCCAAACGUUAUGAGAAGAUACAGAAAUUACGAUUGGCAAUAUUACGAUGGCAGAAGACAACACAAAAGGCAAUCGGGAUUAACACCCAGCCGAUCAGGAAAAAGAACGGUAAUAUGUGCAAAGAACAAGCGCGGUCGAUGUGUCGCAAAGUGUGGAUUCGGAGCACCUUUGGAUCAAAUAUCGAAGAAUAUGUUUUUUGGUUGCAGACCAACGUUAACAUUCCGGCAUCAGCGAAUAUAAUUAUGGAAAUAACAUAUUUUAGCCUUGCUAAAGACGAAAAAUUAUAUUUGCACAAUUGGGCGUAUGACAUGCACAAUACACCCCAAUCUUUAUAUUCUUACAUUUUCUGUGCCGGAAUACUGUGAACCAACGAAACUGUUCAUUAAUACAUAUCAACAUCGUCGUUACUACGGUGAAUAUAAUAUGUACUGUGCCCAAGAAUGUUUUAAACUUUACUGAAAACUACAAGAAAUCCUGAAAGUACUUUUGAUGAAAAUUUGUGGAGUGCAUCUGGUCAAUCACUGAUUAUCGUCAGUUUGAACCAGAAAAUACCGAAUUGUAAUAACAUCAAUGUGAAGUUUUUGCAUAUUUGUUGCAGUAAUAUUAUUUAUGCGGUAGUAAUAUCGAUGCAAUGCAAUAUAUUCACGGUUUUAUUUUCACUGUUACAUUGUAUUUUUCCUAUCUUAAACGAUACAAAUUUUUUCUAUUAUUUAUUGAAAUCAUCAACGAUUUCGCAAAGCCUUAAGUGCUUAUACAUUCGUGCUUUUGAAUGCUGUUAGAAAGGCAUCAUAAAAAUUCAUAAUAAGCUAUAUAUUAUAGUUAAAGAACGAAAAUCGUUUGGUGAUAAGUUUGCUUGCUUGCGUAUUGUCUUCAACAUUACACUGUAAAUUUAUAAACAAUUAACGUUAUUUGUUAAACAAUAAAUAUAUAUGAAACAAU